GUUGUCCAUGUGUUGAUGGCAACUGCCAUGAAUGUGACUUACUUGUGGCUAGACCCUAUGGAAAGAUUUUGGCGCUGAACAAGGUCAUUAUUAAGUCCUAUGUGAAACCUCCCUUUCAUCUCCUGAGAAUUGUAGAAAAGCAAUGCCGCAGAACUGUUAAAAGAAGGGAUGG